CAAAAAAAGAGAAUCAACUCGUUGCAGCCCUCUAAAAGUAUUCGCCAUGACUCUCGCCGUUGAUCUCUUGAACCCUUCUGCUGAACACGAGGCCAAGCAGCACAAGCUCAAGCGUCUCGUGCAAUCGCCCAACUCCUACUUCAUGGACGUCAAGUGCCCAGGUUGCUUCGCCAUUACCACUGUCUUCUCGCACGCCCAGACUGUCGUUAUCUGCUCUUCGUGCACGAGCGUCUUGUGCCAACCAACUGGUGGCAAGGCAAGACUGACCGAGGGCUGCUCAUUCCGUAGAAAGAACUAGGUCACCACUCAGUUGUACCUGUCCUAGCUACGCUAUACACACACGCUUGCAUUCUCGCUCAAAUCGUCAACGCCCACAUACGCACAGCAUCCUUUCCCCGGUCAUAUCCCAUGCCUCUAUCUCCCAGUCUCUCGUCGCAUCCAAUCUCUUGUGUUUUAGCACUGUAAUCUCAUUUCGUCUGUUGUA